UGGUGUCCACGCCACAGUUCCGCGUCUGGAGAGCCUUUAAGUCCUGCAGCUCUUCCUCCAAACCCUCCAAACCCUGCUCUCCUCUCCAGCAUGUCGGACCAGGCAGCCAUCGACACCAACGUGGUCACAAUGACCACGUUUGUCAUGGAGCAGGGCAGGAAGGCGAAAGGCACCGGGGAGCUGACCACGCUGCUCAACUCCCUGUGCACGGCGGUGAAGGCCAUCUCCAGCGCCGUGCGGAAGGCCGGGAUUGCGCAUCUUUAUGGCAUCGCUGGCAGCACCAACGUGACCGGUGACCAGGUGAAGAAGCUGGACAUUCUGUCCAACGACCUGAUCAUCAACAUGAUCAAGUCGUCUUUCACAUCCUGCGUGCUGGUGUCCGAGGAGAACGAGAAGGCCAUCAUCAUAGAGCCGGAAACGAGGGGGAAAUACAUUGUGUGCUUUGACCCUCUGGACGGCUCCUCCAACAUCGACUGUCUCGUCUCCAUCGGAACCAUCUUUGCCAUCUACAAAAAGUACACAGAUGAUGAGCCGUGUGAGAAGGACGCCCUGCAGCCCGGCAGGACGCUCGUUGCCGCCGGUUACGCCCUCUACGGCAGCGCAACCAUGAUGGUGAUCUCCACCGGACAGGGAGUCAACGGCUUCAUGCUCGACCCGGCAAUCGGUGAAUUCAUCCUGGUGGAUCGGGACAUUAAAAUCAAAAAGAGAGGAAAGAUUUACAGCUUGAAUGAAGGCUACGCGAUGCACUUUGACCCGGCUGUCACAGAGUACCUGCAGAAGAAGAAGUUCCCUCAGGAUGGCACGGAGCCGUACGGCGCCCGCUACAUCGGCUCCAUGGUGGCUGAUGUCCACCGAACGCUGAUGUACGGAGGCAUCUUUUUAUACCCAGGAAAUGUGAAGAGCCCUCUAGGAAAGCUGCGGCUGCUGUACGAAGGAAACCCCAUGGCCUUCAUCAUGGAGCAGGCGGGCGGCAUGGCCUCCACCGGCCUCGAGCUCCUUCUGGACAUCCAGCCCGAUAGCAUCCACCAGCGGGCUCCCGUGGCCAUGGGCUCCACCGAGGACGUCAUGGAGUACGUGGCCAUCUGCCAGAAACAUGCCAAGAAGAAGUGAGAGAGCACCGACUCGCUCUCACAAACCACCACUGAGAGAAAAAAACACACCUGGUAUCUCCAAACUGGAAGUCUUCCUCACUUUGAGCUAGAUGUAAAUUAGUUUGAAGUUGGGUUUUUUUCUCAGUUAAAUAACCAAAUUUGGAGUCACAAGGUUUUUAAAGCUAUACCAGCAAUAUUCAUGUUCUGCUGACGGAUAAAAGUAAGAAGGUGGUUCAGUAGAAACAUGAAAACUGUGGCUCAAAACCCCAAUCACGCACACAAACACACACAUUCUACCAAAGACCAAAAAUGUGCCGAAAAACAAGUUUUUAUUCCUCUUUACCUCCAAUAUAAUAAACAUAUAUUCUAAUCGUGUGAAGGACCAAAUAAGAAACCUCUAUGCAACAAAACCUGAUGCCUUUUUAUUAUGUGAACUACUGCUGUUUGGAAUGAUGAAGUCUCAAU